AUGUUGAACUUGGCCAAAUUUUUGAAAUAUGACAUUCCUACUAUUAAAGAGGGCGAGGGAGAUGAAGUUAUCGCUUUCAUUGCUGUUGAAGCUUGGAAACAUUUUGAUUUCCUGUGCCAAAACUACAUCUUGAAUGGAUUGUCAGAUGCAGUUUACGAAGGGUAUAGUAUCAAGAAAACAACUAAGAAAUUAUGGAUAUCAUUGGACCAUAAAUACAAAAUCGAAGAUGCUAGUGCUAAAAAGUUUUUAGUUGCUAAAUUCUUGAAUUUUGUAAUGAUUGAUUUUAAACUAGUUGUAAAUCAAGAGCAAGAGCUUCAACUGAUCAUUCAUGAAAUUAUUGCUGAAGGGAUGGUGAUAAGUGAAUCCUUCCAAGUGGCAGCCAUUUUUGAGAAGCUGUCUCCUGCUUGGAAUGACUUCAAGCAUUACCUAAAGCACAAAAGAUGGCAUUUCCAAAAAGCAAAAAAGACUUCAAGAAGGGAAAAACAACCUCAGAAUGGGUCUAAACUUGGACCAAAAGGUGGCAUUUCCAACAAGAAAAAAAUUCAAGGAAAAUGCUUCAAUUGCAACAAGAUGGGGCACAAGUCAUCUGACUGUAGGAUUCCAAAGAAAGUUAGAGCUAAUGAGGCUAAUGUUAUGAAAGAAAUUUCUAAGGAAAUGUCUGAUAUGGACUUAUGUGCCUAA